CUGUCUCUCCCGGGCGUCGCUGCUCCCCGGCUCGCCGCUCACCUGUUUUUGUUUUGGCUCGACGGGUAGGCGUGCGCUUCACGUUGACGCUGCACCAAACGGAAAGCACGGCGCGAAGCUGAUGAUGGACGAUUACAUAGAUGAAGAAGAGGAGAUCGCAAUGAUUCUCCUCUCGUCUUCGCUGCUUGCGAUGGAGGAAGAGGAGCAGCGAGCGCCGAAAAAGCAGCGUCGCCGUCGGCGGUGGUGGGUUCGCCCAUGUUUGCGAGACCGCGAAAGGACGGGACAAGCCAGCUGCCUCCUUCCUCGUCUUCGCUCGUAUGACGAGGAGUAUUACCGAGAUUUUCUUAGGAUGCCGCCGCGGUCCUUCGACACUCUUUUGAGCCUCGUCGGCCCCCACAUUACGAAGGAGGAAACCCGAUUCCGACGCCCGAUCUCUCCCGACGAUCGCCUGGCUUUGGCCGUCAGAUUCUUGGCAGCAGGUGAAACGCUGAGGUCCUCCUCAUACAAUUUCCUCUGUGGGAGAACAACAGCGUGCAAAAUUGUGUCGGAGGUAUGUGCAGCUAUCUGGGACAUCCUGAGUCCCAUUUACGUUGUAUGCCCGAAGACCGCAGACGCCUGGAUCAGGGUUGCUGGCGAGUUCGAGGAAAGAUGGAAUUUGCCACAUUGCUUGGGUGCGAUUAACGGCAAGCACGUCAGCAUCGAGUGUCCUGCGAAGUCCUGCAGCCAGGACAGAAAUUAUAAAAAUGGCUUCAGCAAGUCGUUGCUUGCUGUUAGUGACGCCUACUACAGGUUACUGUAUGUGGAGAUUGGCCACCAUGGCAGCGAGUCGGACGGAGGCAUCUUCGCACGUAGCGAGCUACAGCGCCGCAUUGUCGCAGACCAACAGGGCAUUCCCCCAGAUUCUAGUCUAGGCAACAUUGGCACAGUGCCUUAUUUCUUGGUUGGGGACGAGGCCUUCCCACUGAAGAAGUACCUUAUGCGGCCUUAUCCAAGAAAAAGCCUACAGCCCACACGCACUGAAGGCCAGACGGACGAUACUGACCAAGCACCUAAUGAAGAGAGGCCAUCUGGGGAACGCGAGGCAUGCAACCGGCGGCGCGUCUUCAAUUACCGGCUUAGUAGGGGCCGAAGGGUUGUAGAAAAUGCCUUUGGCAUUCUCGCCCAAAAGUGGCGCAUUCUGCGACGCCCUUUUAGGGCGAACACAGAAAACACAAGCAGAUAUGUGGCAGCCUGCAUUGCGCUUCAUAACUUCCUGCUCAAGGAAUCGCAGGUUUCCUCAACGUCCUAUUGCCCACCAGGCACUGGCGACACUGACGACUGGGAAGGCAAUAAAAGAGCUGGCAGUUGGCGGGCAGAGCCCAACUCCACUGCUGCACUCACCAGCCAGCAAACACACGUGGUCGUCCCACCAGAGCUCAAGUACAUUAGCGAAAAAUUUUACAUGUCGACCAUUUGCAUCUGGAUACACAAUAAUAGUUACAGGGCUGAGUGGAAGUAA